AAAAGGGAGGGAGAGAGAGACUCGGAGAGGGGGAGAGAGAGAGAAAGAGACGGAGCGCGGGAGAGAGAGGGAGAGAGAGGAAGAGAGCGGAGAGAGAGGGAGAGAGAGAGGAGAGAGAGAGGAGAGAGAGAGAGAGGAGAGAGAGGAGAGAGAGGAGAGAGAGGAGAGAGGAGAGGCGGGCGGCGCUGGGCAGCGCGGCUGGGCAGGCGGGCGCGGGGGCAGCGGCCGGGCGCGGCGUUGGCACAGGGCCGGGGCAUGAGCGCGGCGCGGGGCGCGGGGCGCGGGGCCGGGCGGGCGGCGCGGGCCGCCCAGUAGCCGCGGGCGGGCGGGGCAUGCGGGGGGCGGCCGGGACCCCGGCCCCGACCCCGGCCCCGGCCCCCGCCCCCGCCGGCGCCCGCGCGCCCAGGACGGUCCCCGCGCCCGGACAACUGUUGCGGCGUCGGCGUCGCGGGCGGGCGCGGCGCCCCCCAGGCGCGUCCCGGCAAGCGGCGAGCGGCGGCGCCAGGCGGACCCCCACGGACCCAUGCAGACAAACGAUGACCAGCAGUGGCCGGCGGACCCUCCCUGUGCUCGUCCUCUCCGUGCUGGCCUGUGCAGUCCUGUCGGCCCACUUCCGCGUGUGCGAGCCCUACACGGACCACAAGGGCCGCUACCACUUUGGCUUCCACUGCCCCCGGCUCUCGGACAACAAGACGCUGACGCUGUGCUGCCACCAUAACAACACGGUCUUCAAGUACUGCUGCAACGAGACGGAGUUCCGGGCCGUGACGCGGGCCAACCUGACGGCAGCUGCCGAGGGCUACCUGCACAACAACUACCCGGCGCUGCUGGGCGUGUGGAUCUACGGGCUCUUCGUGCUGGCGCUACUGGCCCUGGACCUGCUGUACUACUCGGCCAUGAACUCGGCCGCCUGCCAGCUCUACCUGGCGCGCUGGGGCGUGCGCGGCCGCUGGGCGCCGCGGGGCUGGGGGCGCCCGGCCCGGACCCCGCCGCCCCCACCGCCCCCCGCCGCGCCCCGGCCGCGCGGGGACCCCCGCAGCCCCCCGCCCAUGACCUUCCAGAGCGCGUCCGCCUGAGACCCCCCUGGCCGUGCCUCAGGAUGCGGGAGCCCUGGGACGCCGGCGCGGCCUCCGAGAAGCACCGCCUGGACGGACGCCAGCGAGAGCCGGGGGGCACGCGGCCCCCGGGCCCCCCAGCCCCAGCCUCCUAGGGUCAGGAGCGAAACUCAGGGGUGGGGGCUGGGCGCGGGGAGCAGCCCGGCCACUAGCAAUAGUCCCCCGGUGGAGGGGGCGUGCUUCACGGCGGGGGUGGGUGGGUUUCCUGCGUCCCCCCGAGUUCGAGGCUAGGCUUGGGAUCACCCAGAGGGCCCACCCAGUGCUGCAGGCUCCAGCCUCUCACCCCCGGAAGCAGGAUGGCGCCGGUGGGCACAGCCCUGCUCUGUCUUCCGAGGAUGCCGGGAGUUUGGAGGGGCCGGAGAGGACCCGGACCCCUACAACAGCAGGAAUAGGGAUGGCUCUCGGGCCGAGCACUAAGUUAGGAGUCUUCUGGUCCCCCUGGGAGGACACUUCCCCUUGAAGAUGACCCCGAGCGGGACGGGGUGGGUGUCACCAUCAGGGCCCCUCGGGGGUGUGGCCACACAGAGGUCAGGUCCCUGUCUCGUGGGGGGCCCGUCUGCGGACUCCUGCCCUGGCCCACCACCCAGGGGAACCGCCACGCGCUGUGCCACUCACAUGCAGAUUGUGGCUGCACAGGGUGGCAGAGGCCAGGGAGAAGGUUCUAGAAGGUUUUGGAAGCCCUUCACCCCUCAUGUCCCUCUCCUCCAGUGCUGCUCUGAGCAACCCCCGGGGGGGGUCCCAUAGUCCCUGGGCUGCGGUAUGGACGCCCCCAGCUCCCCACAGUGCUGGGGUCCAGCCGGGCGCCCUCACUCUCGGCUCAGGGCGAGUGCUGGGGGGGGGGGGUACACACCACGCAGGGGACAGGCGCGCCCCCUGAGGGCAGCCUCGGUGGGGUGGGUUUCCAGGAAUCCAAAGAAGCAGGGGUGUCUGGCCCGGGGGCCGAGGGGGGCUCGAGUCCAGGGGGUAGGAACAGGCCCUGCUCUAGCCCGACCAGGACCUUAGCUGGGCCGAGCGACAGAUUCCGGCAUCAGCUCUGCACGGGGCGGGAAGGAGUCGGCCCUGGCCCCGGCAGAGGGGAGGGGCUGCUGUCCUGCCUGGCAGCUGUAGGCGACCCCCGUCCUCCCCCACCCCCGCACACACACACACCCACACUCAGAGGUGCCGGCCAGCCGGGAGGGGCAGCGCGGGCCAGAAGCAGGUGCGCGGGCUCCCGGGCCGAGGUGUUCGACUCGCCUCCCCUGUUUGGGGGGCGGGGGCCGGGAAGGACGUUGGAAUGUCCCGGUGGGAGAAGCAGCCACGUGGCUCGACCCGGAGACAAGGCAGCCGUGCCCUCCCCCGCCCCCGCAUGUGUGAGCCUGUUUCUCUCCGCAAGGGGAGGGGCGAGGCCAGAGAGUGUUGCUGCCUCGCCCCCCCCCCCCCCGAGUCCUCUCUGCCCUGGCCACCGAGGGAAGCCCCAGACUCUCGCCCCCCAGACUCUCGCCCCCGAGACGGGCUGGUGGGCUCAGCUCCUGGCAGGGCCGCACGUGCCGUGAGGGUCACGCUUCUGCCCAGCGCCAGCCCCCCGGGCCGCCCUGUCCUGGAGGUCAGCCUGCUCGGGCACUCAGCAGCCCACAGGAAACAGGCCUGACUUGAAGCUCACACACAUGCGCACAUACAUGCACACACCUGCACACACCUGCACACUCUCAUGCACACUCUCAUGCACACACCUGUGCACACGUGCACAUGCACACACACGCCGUCCUUCAGGCGCACAGCCGGGUGUGCCCGCAGCUGCUCCAGGGGUCACCAGGUUGGGGUGGGGGCACCUUCGUCAUCCCCAGAAACCGUCAGGCACAUGGGACCAGGCUGGGGAGGGGCGCGGCGAGGAGGGCUUGGGCUCUGGGGAACAGAGGUGCCUCCGGCCCACCGUGGAGCUGGACCCAGACACCCACCGGGAGGGGAGCCCCCCCGAGCGCCGGCUUUCUGGCCCUGCUCUGUGCACCGUGUCCAGGGCCCGGCCUCGCGAGUGCUCAGCGGGCAUUUCCGGUUUGCCACCCCCUCCCCAGCCCCUGAGCGAGUCUCAGGGCCUCGUGUGCUGUUCGGGGGCGGCCGCGUCCCUGCCAGACCCCUCGGGGCCCCUUGUCUUUUCCUGAGUGGGACGGAGAGAGGUCUGAGGCUGGGGCCUGCCCUGCCAGCCCAGGCUGCCUCCCCCAUCAGGCCUUGCUCCCUGCUGGGUGGUCCCGAGGUGCCUCCCCCAUCAGGCUGUGCUUCCUCCUGGGACCGUGAGGGGUGGACACCGCAGUCACCACCCGUUUACAGUUUACAGCCUGGGACCCCCAAGAACAGACAAAGCACACGUGUCGGCACACACAUCGGCUGGCACCUGGGGAGCAGCCAGCAUGGGGCAGGCGGGGGAGAGACAGACAGACGGAAGAGGGAGAAAGCGAGCAGACUGUCCCCCUGACCCGCCAGCACCGACCCAGCUCGCCCCCACCCCACAGGGCAGUGCCCGGGGUGGGCAGUGGCUGAGACAGGCGUGGCAGGCCAGGAGGGCGCAGGCACGGGCACCCGCCUUCUCCCCAGGAAGUGGUUCCAGCCCAGGGCUGUGCCGUCCAGCUGGUUCCAGAGAGUGAGCAGCGCCGACCAUUGGGUGUGCUGGCCCUAGAACUCCUGUCUGUGCGCCAAAGCCCUGACCCUUUUGCCCUGGGCAGACAAAUUCAGGGCAGCCACCCACGUGUCCCUCCCCCGCCCCCUGGGGCCCCACUUCCGCUGGCUGUGCUGUGACGGGAUGGAGUGUUGGGUGGCCCUUGGCUGCCCACCCAGAGGCCUGACGUGGCCACGCGAGUGCCCACAAACAGGAGCGAGCUGGAAACCCUGGGACCCUCUGGGACCUGUCCCCCUGCCCCUUCCCCCCGCUCCUCUCUGGGAGCUGGCUGGCCCGUGGCGCGAGCAGGGUCUGUGAUGGCCACAAGCGAGGGAGCCGAGAGGCGGGAGCCCCCCCCCCCCCAGGGCCCUGGGGUCUCCCUGAGAGCGGGUGGCCGGAAAAACCAAAAACCAAUAAUCUCCGUCAUGCCCCUCCCCCGUCCCGCCAGUAGCCCGAGGGACACAGUACCACCGUGCGUGCGUGCGAGCACUGUGCCCGUCUUCCUUGCCCGUGUUUUUAUAAAGAUGUCCUUAGUUUUAAUAAAGCGUCACCCUACUGUUCUCUGGA